UUACUCUCUACUUCUUCUGUGUCGAGGUCUUUCAAUCUCCUUCCCGGACAUCGUGUUGAGUAUCCAUUCUCCCGUUGCCUAUCGAGACCCGGCAUACCACGCCGCCUUCAACCCACUCACGCCGAGAAAGUCGUCGCCGGCUUCACAUCCUCUGCCUGUCAAUUCUCUCACCAUGUCCUCACUCGACAAGGAAACGGCCCCAGCAGCCGACGCUAAGCACGUCGGCGAGCUCGGUCUCGCUUCCACUAACGAUGUUGAGCGCAUUGAGGCCCCAGUCACCUGGCGCGCAUACAUGCUCUGCGCCUUCGCCUCUUUCGGCGGCAUCUUCUUCGGCUAUGACUCUGGUUAUAUCAACGGUGUCAAUGGCUCUAAGCUCUUCAUCGAGGCCGUCGAGGGCAUCGGUGCCACCGCCCUCUCCGAGUCCCACUCGUCUCUGAUCACGUCUAUCCUGUCCGCCGGAACCUUCUUCGGUGCCCUCAUCGCUGGUGAUGUCGCCGACUGGAUUGGCCGCAAGUGGACCGUUAUCAUGGGCUGCGCUAUCUACAUGUUCGGCGUCGCCAUCCAGAUGAUCACCGGCGCCGGUGAUCCGCUUGCUGCUAUUGUCGCUGGCCGUCUCAUUGCCGGCGUCGGUGUCGGCUUCGAGUCUGCCAUUGUCAUCCUGUACAUGUCUGAGAUUUGCCCCCGCAAGGUCCGCGGUGCUCUCGUUGCCGGUUACCAGUUCUGCAUCACUAUCGGAAUCAUGACGGCCUCGUGCAUUGUAUACGGAACCAAGGAUCGCACCGAUACUGGGGCGUAUCGCAUCCCGAUCGCCAUUCAGUUCAUCUGGGCUCUCAUUCUCGGAGUUGGUCUCAUGUUCCUGCCCGACUCGCCCCGUUACUUUGUCAAGAAGGGCAACCUCACCCGCGCUACCGACUCGCUCUCGCGCCUCCGUGGUCAGCCUAAGGAUUCUGAGUACAUCCAGCUCGAGCUUGCCGAGAUUGUGGCCAACGAGGAGUACGAGCGCCAGCUGAUCCCCAACACCACCUGGUUCGGCACCUGGGCCAACUGCUUCAAGGGAUCCGUUUUCAAGGCCAACUCCAACCUCCGCAAGACCAUUCUCGGCACUUCUCUGCAGAUGAUGCAGCAAUGGACUGGUGUCAACUUCAUCUUCUACUACUCGACUCCCUUCCUCCAGUCGACUGGUGCCAUCAGCAACACCUUCUUGAUCUCCCUGGUCUUCACCCUGGUCAACGUCUUCUCCACUCCGAUUUCGUUCUGGACCGUUGAGCGAUUCGGCCGCCGCACCAUCCUCUUGUGGGGCGCUGCGGGCAUGCUCGUCUGCCAAUUCAUUGUUGCCAUUGUUGGUGUCACCGUCGGAUUCAACCACACCCACGUCGAUCCCAGCGACUCGACCAAGACGCUUGCGGACAACAUCUCGGCCGUCAACGCCCAGGUUGCCUUCAUCGCCAUCUUCAUCUUCUUCUUCGCCUCGACCUGGGGACCUGGCGCCUGGAUUCUGAUUGGCGAGAUCUUCCCCCUGCCGAUCCGCUCGCGUGGUGUCGCCCUGUCGACCGCCUCCAACUGGCUGUGGAACACCAUCAUUGCCGUCAUCACCCCCUACAUGGUCGGCGAGCACCGCGGAAACCUCAAGUCGUCCGUCUUCUUCAUCUGGGGCGGUCUCUGCACCAUCGCGUUUUUCUACACGUUCCUGUUCGUCCCCGAGACGAAGGGUCUCUCGCUUGAGCAGGUCGACAAGAUGAUGGAGGAGACCGUUCCCCGCACCUCGGCCAAGUGGAAGCCCCAUUCCACCUUUGCCGGUGCCCAGCGCGACGAUGCUCGCCUCGUCGACCCUGAGAAGUCGGUUUAAGCGCAGCUUUCACUAGUUACGUCGGGGGUGCGUGUAUUUAGAUGCAGGCGGAUGCUCUAUGCGGUGGGAGUAUUUUUUCUUUUUGUUUUCCAUGUCGCGCUAUUUACCUAGCCUUGUUUUCACGGGCCGGAGCAUCGGAUACCCUACGUGUGUGCCGUGGGAGAGCA